UGUACUUGGAAUAAAAAGGAGGAGAUCUACCAUUAUUUUGCUUAUACACAAUGUUGUAUAAUGUUGGUUGAGUGUUUACAGCGAGGACAACUCAAAGUUAUUCAACUCGUGUGAGAAGUUCUCUGAGUCAAGGGGAUUGUGAAGUUGAUAUUUAAAGACAACAAUGGAUCCAUUGAAAGCCAAAGCUAAUUAUUCCAGGGUAUGUCAUUUGUUGGUAGAUAAAGGUGGAGAUGUUUUGAGAAAUGCUUUGCAUGCAAUUCAUCCACCUUCCACCUUAGCUUGCGUAUUGAAUGCCAACAGAGCGACCUUACAGAGAAUACGAUACAAUGUAAUUAAAGCCUCGCAAUGGGAUCUACUCUUCCCAAGAUCUGGUUCACCAGAUUCAAACAACUUUGAUAUUACCCUAUUGACUGUCCUACUCCGAAAUAUUUGUGGAUUGUCAGCACCAGCCACCGGAUGGAAUGUGAUGCCUCCAGUCAGCGAUACUUCUAUAUCUGCAAAUAUUUUAAGAGUCAAAAUGUUCAGAAAUGAAGUCUAUGGUCAUAUUCCGACUGCUGGUUUGGACGACGUAACGUUUGAAACAUUGUGGCAAGAAAUUUCUGUUCCGUUAGUCAGCUUGGGAAUUCCUCAAAAUGAUAUUGAUGAAUUAAAGGUGGCUCCUCUUAGCCCUGAAGAAGAAAGUUAUAUUGAAAGAUUGAAAGAGUGGAAACAACAAGAGGAUGAUUUUAUGUUAAAAUUAAACGAUUUUGAAAUUAAAUUAGUCAAAUUAACUAAGACGGUUGAAAAUGUUCAUCCCUCCCAUGUCGAGCAACUGGCUAAAUUUAACUUCACUGGAAAGAUUCGUGACCUUUGUAGAAAAUUUCAAGAUGGCACUAGAAAGUGGUUGUUUGAUAAACUUUCAAAUUGGUUUGAGAGUGAAGAAUCCAGGGUCUUGAUCCUAAUUGCAGGGCCAGGUGUUGGGAAAAGUGUUUUGUCUGCAAAGCUUUGCGAGCUUUUUAGAGAACGUGGUCAACUCGCAGCUCACCAUUUCUGUGACUUUCGAAAUUCUGAUUCCAGCAAUCCUCAGAGAAUCCUCCAGUCUCUUGCCUGUCAAAUGUGUGAUAAUGUUGAAGGAUUUCGUGAUAAACUGACUGAAAUUCUUCGUCGUGAACAUUCUCGUGACUCGCUGUCAGACGCAUUUCGUGUUCUUUUGAACGACCCCCUCCAUGCCCUUGACAGACACGACCCAAUGUUGAUCAUCGUUGAUGCUUUGGACGAGAGCAAAACUGACGAGAAAAGCGAAUUUUUGGAGUUGAUAUCUGAGAGAUUUUGUGAACUGCCUGAUUGGAUUAAAAUAUUCAUUUCAAGUCGACCAGAACUACAAGUACGAAAGAUUCUUGAACAUCUUCACCCGUGGGAAAUCCGUCCUGAUGACAAACAUCACAACCACGACAUAGAGUUAUUCGUUCGUCAUAGUCUACCUAAUCUUAAUGAUAAAAGUAUAAGGUCAGUUAUUUCAAAGUGUGAGGGAUCGUUUUUGUACGCUUAUUACUUGGUCAGUGAAUUAAAAGAAAAGGGCGUGGGAAUUGAACCGGACCUAAGUGAUUACAUCUCCAACGGUAUUUCCGGAUAUUACGAAAAACAGUUCAAACGUUUAGACAUAGGCCUCAAACGUUUCAAGCAAGAUGUUUCAUGUCUCUUAAACAGUUUCAUCAAUGUCGUUGCCGUUUUUAAGGAACCCCUCCCAAUAAAAGUUCUUUUCACAUGCAUGGGUCUCUCUAAAGACGAAUUUAAAAUACGUAAAGCGGUUCUUGACGUAAUGUCAGAAAUUCUUCCAGUUUAUGAUCAAUGUCUGACUGUUUAUCAUAAGUCAUUAUGCGAUUGGCUGACAUUGAACGGUUAUGAAGAACAUGCAUUCGUUGCAGAUGUUGAAGACGGCAAUAGACGCCUCUGGCGUGCUUGUAAGAAACAAUUCUGCGAGAUUGAUGCUUUGAAGUCUGUUUUAGAAUUCCAAAUUUCAGCCGAGAAUAUGUACGCUUUAGAAAAUAGUUGGAAAUAUUUGGUCCGUACAGGCGAGGUAGAGGAAUUUCAUUGGUUGGUGCAUGUUGGAGCCGUCAAUUCCAAAAGUGUAGCUAGGGAUAUCUUGGAUACGACUAAUGAGAUUUGGAUAGAAUAUGUGACAACUGAAGGCAAUUCUAAUUUAAGCAUUGUCCCCCAAACUGUGUUUACAGACGAUUCAGUUUCUGAUAUUUUUGUGUCACCGGAUCAGACGAUGCUUGCUUGCAUACAUGCGCAUGAGCGAAAAGUUCAAAUGCUUAAAAUACCAGAUCUUACAACAAUCUUUGAGGCACAAAUUACUACUAUAAGACUUCUUCGCGAAUUUACUGCCUUUUCUCCAGACUCUUCAUAUAUUUUAUGCAAUUCAAUCCGGUUCUGCAUCAAUAUUAAAGAAAAGAAAGAGGUCCCCUUCAUUACGCACGGCCCCGAUGACAUCAGUUACUGUUCAUUUUCUUCAUGUGGAAUGAAACUUGUCACAUUAGAGGAAACGUCAAUCAAAGUGUGGGAUGUAAAAAGCAAGAAUAUAUUGGUUGAAGUUCAGAAUGUGUAUGGUUGGUCGUCUUAUUGUUUGUUUAGUAAUUGUAACUCGUACAUUCUUCUUUGGCCAGAGGAUGGGGUGAGGUCUCCAGUGUUAGAUUACAUGACUGUCUUGAAUUCUGAAACCUUAGAAAAGAUUGAUAACAAGAAUAUUCGUGUUGACCAGAAUUUGUGUAGUAAUGAUUCCUUUCAAAUGUUUUCCCCGCCUCAUUCGUUUUCCGACUCGAAUGUUAAAAUGAAAAUGAAUUAUAUCUGUUUGCCAUCUGGUGAGAAAGUUAUAAUUUCCAAUAAAUAUUGUUCAAAAGUUUUUGUGUGGAAAAACAGAAAUUGUGUAGCAUUUACAAAUGAUUUGAAAAAUGAUUUAGCUUUGGUAGUGUACGAUGUCAUAGAUCAAAAGAUCGUUGACUUGCUUGAGAUUGGAUUUUUGCCUUGUGAUACUUGUGUUGAGAACAUUUUGAAAUUAGAUGGGACGAGUUUCCUUUUAUUCUUAGACACUUUGUAUGUCGCGUGCUGUUUUGAAAAUUGCCUUCUUUUAAUAAGAAGUGUGGAUAGUGGGAAAACAUUGCAAACUGUUGCACUGAAACAACGAGCAUUAGCAUGUUGGUGGUCAGAGUCGUAUCUUUGGUUGGUCUGUGAAGGUGUGGUUGUUAAAUAUCGUUGUGAGCCUAGGAGUGAAAAUAUCUUAGGAAGUCAACAUGAAGAAGCUAUUGUAAAUUUUGAACGUGUCCUUGCGUUUAAAAAUGGAGUUCUUGUCAUUUUCGGCGAUUGGAAACUUUCUAUUUUAAGAAUUUGUAACGAAAAACUGUGUUAUCAAGAAAUACCGUCAUGUAGGUUUACUGACCCUUCUGUCACAAUAAGUUCUGAUGGGUGUGCUGUUAUGUUUUUAUUAUCUGAUUUUAUUUUGACUUAUGAAUUGUGGGAACUAAAGUGUGGCAACACGUGGAUUGUGCGUGCAACCGGAGAGUUGAAUCUACCGGAUAUUCGUUGGUGGUCUUUAUCUGGUACAAAAACGGCUCGCAAUGCAGUGUUCUUGGCAAGAUAUACAUCGUCUAAUAUUCGUUUACGUUCUAUUACUUUCCCAAAUGAUGUGCAAAAUUUGCAUGAACUUCCUAUUAGAAACUUUUACGGGGCUGUUUAUAUCGCUUCAGACUUGAUCGCUAUUUUAACCAGUGAUUGGAUAUAUUGUGUUAAGGUUUCGGAAAGCAGAAUCAUAGCUUCAAGAUACUUUCGUAAUCCUUAUAUUUUAAGCAGUGUAUUUCCUCAUUAUUCACCUCCUUUCUUUCUUCCGUCAACGCGUUCUUUUCUGUUCGUUGACAGAAAUGGCAACAAAUAUUUCAAAAUUCAUAAUAUUGAAAAGUAUUUCUAA